AGGACCCACCUCCAUUGAAAUUUAUCCCAUCAGGACCCAAUUCCAUUGAAGUUCAUCCAACCAGGCCCCACCUCCAUCAGCGUUCACCCCACCUCCAUCGAAGUUCAUCCCACCAGGACCCACCUCCAUCGAAGUUCGUCCCACCAGGCCCCACCUCCAUCAAAGUUCACCCUGCCAGGACCCACCUCCAUCAAAAUUCAUACCACCAGGACCUAAUUUCGUUGAAGUUCAUCCCACCAGGCCCCACCUCCAUCAACGUUCACCCCACCAGCAACAAACCUCCAUCGAAGUUCAUCCCACCAGGACCCACCUCCAUCAACGUUCACCCCGCCAGGCCCCACCUCCAUCGAAGUUCAUCCCACCAAGACCCAAUUUCAUUAAAGUUCACCCCACCAGGACCCACCUCCAUCAAAGUUCACCCCACCUCCAUCGAAGUUCACCCUGCCAGGACCCAACUCCAUCAAAAUUCAUUCCACCAGGACUCAAUUUCAUUGAAGUUCACCCCACCAGGCCCCACCUCCAUCAACGUUCACCCCACCUCCAUCGAAGUUCAGCCCACCAGGCCCCAUCUCCAUCGAAGUUCACCCCACCUCCAUCGAAGUUCACCCUGCAAGGACCCACCUCCAUCGAAGUUCAUCCCACCAGGACCCAAUUUCAUUGAAGUUCACCCCACCUCCAUCGAAGUUCAUCCCACCAGGACCCACCUUCAUCAACAUUCACCCCACCAGCACCCACCUCCAUCGAAGUUCAUCCCACCAGGCCCCACCUCCAUCCACGUUCACCCCACCUCCAUCCAAGUUCCCCCCGUCCCCCACCUCGUCCCCGCUGUCCCCAUGGAGGCGUGGCGCCAGUGUGCCCACUGGCUGGUGGCCGCGCGCGUCCUGCCCGCGGGACACCGCGCCAGCAGCCCCGCGGGACAGGUGUGGGACCUGGCGCAGGCGCUGCGCGACGGCGUCCUGCUGUGCCACCUCCUCAACGCCCUGCUGCCCCGCGCCGUCCCCCCGCGCGACAUCUGUCCCCGGCCCCAGAUGUCACAGUUCCUGUGCCUGAGGAACAUCCGCACCUUCCUGACGGCCUGCGCCGACAAAUUCGGGCUCCCCAAGCACCGGCUCUUCGGCGCCUUCGACCUCUUCGAUGUCCAGGACUUCGGCAAGGUGAUCGAGACGCUCUCAGCGCUCUCCUGGACCCCGAUCGCGCAGAGCAAAGGAUUCACGCCGUUCCCGUCCGAGGACAGCGUUGGGGAUGAGGACAUCUACAGCGGCCUGUCCGACCUCAUCGAUGACACGGCCGAGGAGGACGAUGACCUCUACGACUGCGUGGAGGCCGAAGGGGACGACGGCGACGACGUCUACGAGGACCUGAUGAGGGUCGAGCCCCCCCCGGCCACGAAGGGCGGUGUGGACCGGCGGCUCUGCUGCCUGCAGGAGCUGCGGCAGACGGAGGAGAGGUACACGGAGACCCUGGAGGCCAUCUGCCAGCACUUCCUGCGGCCGCUGCGGCACUUCCUGAGCCCGAGGGACAUGGAGAGCAUCUUCAUCAACGUGGAGGAGCUGCUGGAGCUCCACCGCCGGUUCCUGGGGGAGCUGCGGGCGGCGCUGGGCGGGGGCGGGGCGGGGCGCGCGCUGCCGCCGCUGUUCCUGCAGUACAAGGAGAGGUUCCUGCUCUACGGCCGCUACUGCAGCCAGGUGGAAGCGGCCGCGCGACGCCUGGACCAGCUCUCCACCUGCACCGACCUGCGCAUGAAGCUCCAGGAGUGCUCCCAGCGAGCCAACAACGGGCGCUUCUCGCUGCGGGAUCUGCUGAUGGUGCCCAUGCAGAGGGUGCUGAAAUAUCACCUGCUGCUCCAGGAGCUGGUGAAGCUGACCCCGGAUGCGGCCGAGCGGGAGCGGCUGAGGGGGGCGCUGGACGCCAUGAGGGACCUGGCCCAGUGCGUGAACGAGGUCAAACGGGACAACGAGACCCUGAAACAGCUGACGAGCAUCCAGCUCUGCCUGCACAACAUGCCGCAGUCCCUGGCGCAGUUCGGGCGCCCCAAGAUCGAUGGGGAGCUGAAGGUCUCCAGCACCGAGAGACGCUCCAAGGUGGACAGGUACGGCUUCCUGCUGGACAAGGCCCUGAUCAUCUGCAAGCGCCGCGGGGACUCCUACGAGACCAAGGACGUGGUGGACCUGCAGAGCCACCAGCUGCGAGACGGUGGCCUGGGGCCCCGCGACGGCAAGAAGUGGUCCCACACCUUCGUGCUGCUGGACACGGCCGGGCUGCAGGACUACGAGCUCUUCUUCAAGACGCGCGAGCUGAAAAAGAAGUGGCUGGAGCAGUUCGAGAUGGCGCUGUCCAACAUCUUCCCCGAGGACGCCCUGGCGGACGGACACGACUUCCAGAUGUUCUCCUUCGAGGACACCACGUCCUGCAAGGCCUGCCAGAUGUUGCUGAGGGGCACCUUCUACCAGGGCUAUCGCUGCAGCCGCUGCAGGGCCCCCGCCCACAAGGAGUGCCUGGGGCGCAUGGGAACCUGCGGGAAGGCCGGAGCUG